AUGUCCAGCUUAGUAAACACUAAUUACAGCAGGACCUACAGUCCUAGUGGUAGACAAAAUGCUUUAUCCGAUAUUAAAAGGUUAUUAACUUGCCGGGAUACCGCGUCUCAAAAUAAAGCCUGUGGCUACUUGAUAGAGGGAAUUAAUAGAUAUAAAGUAAAAUCUCACGAACAAACCUAUAUAGUCGAAUAUUUCUUAGACAACGACAUCAUAGUUUUUCUUUGUGAGGCUAUAUCUAAUUUGGAUUUUUCCUUAUUUAGAUCAGUAUUGACGUGUAUGCGGCUGCUGUGGACUGGGAAGCGUUUCUUCGAGGAGGAGCACGCGGCACAUGCCACGGCCGCGGUGCUACGUGCGCUCACCCACUACGCUGCGGUAGGCUCCAACGUCGCCGUCGAAAUCUGUUUGCAGUUCAUUACAGACCUCUUCAACGGCAUCAGCUUGCACAAGAGUGCGUCACCGUUGUCCCACCAAAGCGCUUACAGCGUAGAACAGCUGUUGGCAUGUUUAAAAGCUCAAGUGCAGUACUUUAGUAAGAAUCCGAGCAGCAUUUUAUCCAGCGCUAAAGUGCUGCAAGCUUUAAUAUCUUACCAACCGUCAGAUUUGAAAAUAAGAGCAUGUGUUGCGAAUUCUCUUGUUCAGAUAUUAAACCCUUGGUUAGAGAUGCUUGUGGGUGCUUUAAAGCACACAUUGCUUGUGGACGGCAAUGGUAUAUCAGGUAACCUGCUUGUCGUGACGUCACAAAUCGGAUUGGACACACUCAGGUUAAUAAAUCUCGUACAACAAAGUAAACAACAAACUGACUUCAUACAAAGCAUAAUAAUCGAUGAACAAGAACUUAAUAUUUUAAAAGAUACAGUUUCACUGAUGACAACUGGUAUACAGACCACGAUUUACGAGUUGGCUUUGUUUGUUAAGGAAAACCAAAUCCAAAUUACUACAGAGGAAUAUAGUGUGUUCUUGAAGUUUUUACUCAACUUUCUUCAACACGACUCAAAUUCGGGACAAUUACCGGAAUUCUGUGACAUGCUCUUUGCUAAAGAAUACUUAACAAUAUUACCACAAAUUCAAAUAAAAAGAAAUGACUCGACAAUACGUAAACUAACUACUCUAGUUUUGGGUGAAUUUCUCAAAGUGCUAGCUUCCAAAUAUCUAUGCGUUAAUGAUAACGAUAACAAGAAAAUGUGCGCUAAGGAUAUAUAUCACGGUCUCGUGGAGUUACAAUACGGGAUAGAAAAUCCUCAAAAUUUAGGACAACAGCUCGAAAAGACUCGUCCAUACAGUUUGCUUAUUUACAUCUACUUUUCUAGCCAAUCAUCUGACAAUCCCGAAGAAGCAACAGCUAAGCUACUGCCGCACUUAGUAAAGCAUAUUUUACAUCUACCCGCAACGUUAAAGCCACCUUUUUAUAUUAUUAAAGCUCUUUGGCUGGUUUUUGCUAUGUCUACAAUAUCCAAUACUUCGUUGAAAUCUUUAGAAGAGCGAGUUUAUUUAGAAAAGGCUACUCAGCGCUUGAUCUUGUUAUUACAACCGGACCCAACUGUAUUUUAUACACACAAUCCUGCUAUAUUACUGUGGUCGUUCUCCUCUUCAAGGAUUCCUGACUACAUUCGUACUGAAGUUCUGUCGCAAUGGCUAAAAACAGAAGAUUCUUUGCCUGAGGAUAUGACCAAAGAAUUUGAAGUGUGGAAAUUAUUAUUGAAUAUUCUUAUUAAAUGCAAAAAUAAAGAAGUUGUAGCAAAUUGUAUGGAGACAUUAAAUUUGUGCUUGGAAGAGGCUGACGAGGAAUCUACACAUGCAUUUUCUACUUUAAUAUGGUCCAUGCUACCUGAAAUUCUGUCUAAAUAUUUAAUAGACUAUAGCUAUGAAAUAGAGACAAACACAUGUCAUUUAAUGGAUUUAGCAACAUCCUUAUAUCCUUCCGAAGUAGAUCAGAAUGUUUGCAUUAAAAUCGCAGCAUUGCUUACCGCAAUAUUUUCAAGACAUAAUGUUGAUAAUCCAAAAGAGAGAAUUGAAGUUAGAUAUCAUUACGAAUACGUUUGUUUAAAGUUGUGCCUGAUUUUAUUGAAUUUAGCUCACAAUCGUCAUGACAAUAGAGUUCUAUUGAUCUUCACAAAUCGAGAAGGAUUCCUUCCCGCUGUCUUAUAUACAUCAAAUCAUUGUGACGAUCGCGUAUCUUGUGUUGCUUUGCAACUCCUCUCUUACGUGGUUCGUUACUUCACCAAAAACAACUACCAGCCAAGAUAUGUGCUGCAAGUUCAAACUGAGCAAGUUAUAAAAUCUCUACGUAGAGACAGUGCGAAAGAAAGAUCCGCUUUGCUCCUACAAUUCGUAUGUGCUAUGCUAAGCUCUGUCAGUACACCGCUCGCUUUGUCUAGUGAACUUAGCACUGCAACUUCGGGUAACCAGCAAUGUAAGGCGUUACGAGCGCUCAUGUUUAGGAUUCAACUUAGCCUUUGCUGUAGGGAUUCGGACGAACAGAGAGCAGUUGGAUGGAAAACUUUAACAUCGAUUUUCAAAUACGCAGUAUUAUAUAAAGGAGAUGCAAAAUUAGUUGCAGUACUAACAUCACAGCCAUGGACACACACACUAAUAAGGUUUCAACUCACACAAAAACUGACGGACGAAUUUCUAUCAUUUUUAUCCGACUGGUUGACACUUCUACAAAUAACAAUACAAAACUCUAUAGCCGGAACUUGA